CGGCUUCGGUUCGGGGCGGUGCAGCCGCCAGGCUCAGCCAUGGCGCUGCGGGCGCUGCUGCUGGUGCUGGCCCUGUUGGCCCGGGCGGCCCCGGAGCCGGUGGAUCCGCCGCUCCCGGCACAGCCCCCGGACGCUCUGUUCGCCGCUGGUGCCGAGGCUUACUCGCGGGGGGACUGGCCCGCCGUGGUGCUGCACAUGGAGCGGGCGCUGCGGGCCCGAGCCGCCCUGCGCUCCCGCUCCGUUCGGUGCCGCCUGCGCUGCGCAAACGUUACGGCAGGCACCGAGCCCUUCACCGAGCCCCGCACCGAGCCCGUGCUCCGCGAUUUACUCUUCUUCCGAGCGCUGCUCCGCCGCGCCGCCUGCCUGCGCGGCUGCGGGGCGCCCUCCCGGUACCGGCUGGGCGAGGAGCUGGAGCGGGAGUUCGCCAAGCGCAGCCCCUACAACUAUCUGCAGGUCGCCUACUUCAAGAUGAACCGGCCGGCACAGGCGGCCGCAGCCGCGCACACCUUCUUCAUGGCCAAUCCCGGGCACCAGGAGAUGCGGCAGAACCUGGAGUACUACCAAGCUAUGGCAGGUGUCCGUGAGGACGACUUCACCGACCUGGAGGCCAAACCCCACCUGAAGGAGUUCAGGCUCGGUGUCCGGUUUUACUCGGAGGAGCAGCCAGCUGCUGCCAUCCUGCACCUGGAGAAGGCGCUGGAAGAGUAUUUUGUGGCAGAUGCUGAGUGCCGUGCGCUCUGCGAGGGACCCUACGACUACGAGGGCUACAACUACCUGGAGUACAAUGCGGACCUUUUCCAGGCCAUCACAGAUCACUACAUGCAGGUGCUAAGCUGCAAGCAGGGCUGCGUGACGGAGCUGGCCUCUGAGCCCAGCAGGGAGAAGCCCUUGGAGGAUUUCCUGCCCUCACACUUCAACUACCUCCAGUUUGCCUACUACAACAACGGGAAUUACGAAAAAGCCAUUGAAUGCGCCAAGACCUACCUGCUCUUCUUCCCAAACGAUGAAGUGAUGAACCAGAAUUUGGCCUAUUACACUGCCGUUCUGGGGGAAAAACUGGCGGGACCCAUUCAACCCCGAGAGGAGAUCCGGGCGUACCACCAGCGAAGCCUCAUGGAGAAAGAGCUGCUCUUUUUCAGCUACGAUGUCUUCGGCAUCCCCUUUGUGGACCCGGACACGUGGACACCUGAGGAGGUGAUACCAAAAAGGCUACGAGAGAAACAGAAGGUGGAGCGGGAGACAGCAGCACGCAUCUCAGAGGAGAUCGGCAACCUCAUGAAGGAGAUUGAGACGCUGGUGGAGGAAAAGGCCAAGGAGUCUGCUGAUAUGAGCAAGUUCAUCCGAGAAGGUGGCCCCUUGGUGUAUGAAGGAGCCAGUGUCACCAUGAACUCCAAAGCCCUGAACGGCUCCCAGCGCGUUGUGGUGGAUGGAGUCCUCUCUGAUGAGGAGUGCCGUGAGCUGCAGAGACUCACCAACGCAGCUGCCUCAGCCGGGGAUGGCUAUCGUGGGAAGACUUCUCCUCACACCCCCAGCGAGACCUUCUAUGGUGUGACUGUCCUCAAGGCCCUCAAGCUGGGCCAGGAGGGCAAGGUGCCCCUGCGGAGCGCCUACCUCUAUUACAAUGUGACGGAGAAGGUACGGCACAUGAUGGAGUCCUACUUCCGCCUGGAGGUCCCGCUCCACUUCUCCUACUCCCACCUGGUGUGCCGCACAGCCAUCGAUGAGAAGCAAGAAGGCCGGAGUGACAACAGUCACGAGGUGCAUGUGGACAACUGCAUCCUCAACGCGGAGGCUCUGGUGUGUGUGAAAGAACCUCCAGCCUACACCUUCCGGGAUUACAGUGCCAUCCUCUACCUCAAUGGGGAUUUCGAAGGAGGAGCUUUCUACUUCACCGAGCUGGAUGCCAAGACAGAGACUGCCAAGGUGCAGCCACAGUGUGGCCGUGCUGUGGGCUUCUCUUCUGGUUCAGAGAACCCCCAUGGGGUGAAAGCUGUGACCAAGGGCCAGCGCUGCGCCAUCGCCCUCUGGUUCACCCUGGACCCUCGCCACGGCGAGCGGGAGCGCGUGCAGGCGGAUGACCUGGUGAAGAUGCUUUUUGGCACGGAAGAGAGGGAUUUGCUGCAGGAGCUGGAGCAGAAACCACCGGUUGCCGUUGUGGUGAAGGACGAGCUGUGAUGUCCCACAGGGACCAGGACAUCCCUGUUGGGACCGGCAACACCAGCAUUGUGGCUUCAGGAGGCUGUUGAGCUGCUGGAUGGGACCCCCUCAGGGACUGGGAACUGGGGGUGCCAAGCACAACUCCUGGGUCCAGCAUCGCCCUGUGGAGCUGCCACUUGAUGUGGGAUGUCACAGAGACUCUAGGGUGGGGACAUGGGAACGAGGGAGGGAUGUUCUUUGAGGGUGAGGACCUGGUGCUGUGCCUUCCCCUUGGCUCAGGCUGCCGCUAUUUAAGUGCCU